GAAGGUGGUGGUAGUUUGGAGGGUCUGUUACAAACACGGCGGACGAGCGAGCGACGAGAUUAUUAUAUUAAGGUGGAACUAGAGCGUGGACGACAAAAAGUGAGAAUGUAGAAAGCGAAUGUGUGCCCAGUGGUGUAGGCGUGGAUAGCGAAAGGACGAGGAGAGAGCACGAAGCGACGACGAUGUCGAGGUGUGAGGAUCAGAUCAGGAGAGCGCGGUGGAGAUGGGGAAAAGAAGAAGGCGAGGAGGAGGCGCAGCGGAUUUUUUUGAUUCUUACUGCGCGGGAGGAUAUUCAUCGGGACACACAUCAGCUAAGAUGCCCUCCUGCUGCGCUGUUUGGGCUGCUUGGACUGGCCAUUCGGGGGGGAUUUUGGUGGAGGGUGGAGGGUAGAGAGGGUGGAGGCAAUGCGACCAUCUCCCCCCCGUGGGCAAUUCAUUCUCACCUACAGUAUUACUGUACAUCUUCUACACCACGCAAGUGCCUGAAACGACCAAGAAACCUAUUCGUAUACAGGCAAAGAUACAGCCGAGACGUCUGGUAUCAGGCCUUCCUAUCGCACCAUCACACUAUCACACUCUGUCACUCGCUGUUCGUCCAUGGAAAUCCUCUCCUCAACUGUCCAGAUUCCAGUUCGUCAACACACACAGGUUCGGCCACGACGGUCCUCGCGGUCUACGUUCUACAAAGGCCGUGAUCCGCAAGAAUGAUGAUGGAUCCUGGCUGUUGAACAUGUAACGUUGGCUUUUCCUGCUGACGGCGUAACAGUAAGAGUCCAAUCUUAUAGCUCCCGGCGCGCGCUGUCUUCCAUCG